CAGAAGCUGUUUAUAUAUAACUUCUGUUAACAUGGUGGCCUACCUGUCUCUCUGUGAUCAUUUCUUGCUAUGGAUUUGUCACAAACUGGGAGAGCUGGGCUGAAAGCUCUCUAUGUGGUGUUUGCUUUCUGCUCUGCUCUCUUUCUGGGUUUUCUCAAAAGUGUUCUUGUGGGUCCUGUUUCUGCUCUAAUAAUGAUUAUAGGGAAUGUGGGAAUCAUAUUGGGCUUGUUUCCUGCACAUGUUGCCUGGAUAAUCUACACUCUUAUAAAGAUUGAUAGAUUUGAUGUACCACUUAAAGUUGCAAUAUUGUUUGGCUUGCCUGCCCUGUUUGGUAUCUGGCUGGGUUUGAGCAUAGCUGGGAGUGUUCUUGUGGGAUUGGGCUAUGGGUUCUUCACCCCUUGGGUUUCUACUUUUGAGGCUUUUAGGCAUGGCAAUGAGUUGAAGAAGUUCAAACAUUGUGUUAUUGAUGGAACUUGGGGAACUGUUAAAGGAAGCUGUACUGUAGUUAGAGACUUUGCAGACAUAUGUUACCACUCGUACCCGCUCUACUUGAAGGAGUUGCGUGAAUCCCCUGCUUCAGAAGAAGUUAAAACUCUAAGGUUGAUUCAUGUACCAGCAUGUAUACUAGUUGGUGUGCUGGGGCUAAUGGUGGAGAUUCCUCUUUACACUGCAAUUGCUGUUGUGAAGAGUCCAUAUAUGCUGUUUAAGGGCUGGUAUCGACUGAUUCAUGAUCUGAUUAGUCGAGAAGGACCAUUUCUUGAAGUAGCUUGCAUCCCUAUUGCUGGUUUGACAAUCCUCAUGUGGCCAAUUGUGGUUGUUGGAAGCAUCUUACUGACAGUUGUCUCCAGCAUUUUUGUUGGAUUAUAUGCAGCAGUGGUAGUAUAUCAGGAAAGAUCUUUCAAGAGAGGUGUGACUUACGUGAUUGCAAUGGUUGCUGAGUUUGAUGAGUACACAAAUGACUGGUUAUAUCUUCGAGAGGGCACCAUCUUUCCGAAGCCCCAUUAUCGAAAAAGAGUUGUUUCUCAACCAUCAGAGCUUUCUGUCCGAGGAAGGCUGGCAGCUGGAGGUAAGCUCAGUUCUGCUCCAAUGGAGGCACCUGCAAUGCAUAUGCCAAGUGCGGCCAAUUCAAGAUCAGUUAGAGAGGCUAUACAUGAAGUAAAAAUGGUACAGAUAUGGGGACAUAUGAUGAGAUCCUGCGAACUGAGGGCUAAGCAACUGUUGGAUGCAGAAGUUAUAACCCCAAGUGAUCUCUAUGAAUGGUUGAAAUCUGAGAACAGCAAUGAAGGGUGCAUCAUUGGUGUUGGUUUGCCUUGUUAUUCAUUCUUGCACACACUUCUCUGCUCCAUCAGAUCAAAUUCGGCUGGUUUGCAGCUGCUUGAUGAUGUUGAAGUUACCUAUUUGAAUAGACCACAUGACAAACUGAUGGACUGGUUCUUUAAUCCUAUAAUGGUCCUGAAGGAACAGGUCAAGGUCAUAAAAUUGGAAGAGGGUGAAGUGAGAUUUCUGGAGAAAGUACUACUUUUCAGAAGCAAUACACAGCGCAUGGAGGCUUGGGAUAAUGGAAGUUUAAUACCUCAAGAUGCUCUAAGAGCUGCUCAAAUCGAAGGCAUUAGUAGAAGGAUGAUUGGGAUGAUGAGAGGUGUGUCAAAAUUUCCCACUUAUAGGAGGAGAUUUCACCAAGUUGUGAAGAACUUGAUCACAUAUUCCAUACAGAAGGAGUCUACUGUUGCGCCCAGUUCCAUCGAAUCUACCUCCAUCGAAGAUGUUUAGCAUAAAGUUAAUUGAACUUUUUUUCUUAUAUGUAGUUUUCUUUUUCUUUUUACACUUGCACAUAAAUCUGCAUUGUAAUUAAAUUCGUAAGAACCGUAUUUUAGUUUGUUAAUCAGAUAUCGUUAGUAUAUACUAUUAGCUAAAACAAAAUGGU